AAACACAAUGUACGAUUCUUGGACGCGAUUGCUGUCAAAAAUUCUAGCAAUUUGCAAUCCCACAGAAUCGAUUGUUCUCAAUCAAUAACUCUCAUUGCAUGUUCAACUGCCAUUAUUUCCGACCUUGAUCCCCACCAAAAACUUCCCUCCGCAUUCACCAGGGAAGUAUUAAUAUUUCUAAUCCUAAAAAUACUAGAUAAGCUUGCCAAUAAUCCCUCCUAGCCCCUGAAAUAUCAUAGAACCUUCUCGACGUGGAAUAAAACUACCGAAAACACUAGUCCCUCCGAAAACUCAACGCUCCAUUCACCUCAAAUGAAACCGCAAACACAUAGUUUUCGUACAAAUUCGCUUGUGCGAGGUCCACCGUAAAUUGCUAUUUGCUCUCCGAUUGGUCGAUACCAUAUAAAUACCGGCCAGCCCACGCGCGUUCCCAGUAUUCAAAAACUACUCAAAGUAUCAACUGCGCUUUAAACAAACACCUCAUCACUUCAUUUACGUAAUUCAGUUAUUACGCGUGAGUUAGCGAUCGAAUUGCAUUAAAGUAAAAAGUGUACGCGUUACCAAUUCAAAUAAUUCGUUAUCUCCAAUUAAUUGCACAUGGCUAACUAACUAAAAUUGGAUUCGGCACAGUUUAAUUCAGGUGAACAUCAGGAACUAUUUACCUAAAUCUAUUUAGAUAUUUUUAUUGGCCAAUAUUUAUUUUCAAUAAACAAAAGACAGGAUCAAUUAAAAACUAGUAAAUUAGAAAAUUCCAUGAUUAUUUUGAAUUGUGUUGAAACAAAUUGAGGUACAAUUUCUAGAGAAAUUGGAUUUUGGUGAAUAAUAUUAUAUUGUCCCGCUAAAUAUUGGUAUAAAGGAAGAUAUAGAGAAAUGCCGGCGGUUGGGAUAGACCUGGGUACGACGUACUCGUGUGUGGGAGUGUGGCAGCAUGGAAAAGUCGAGAUAAUCGCUAACGAUCAAGGAAAUAGGACGACACCAUCUUACGUGGCCUUCACGGACACAGAGAGACUGAUCGGUGAUGCUGCCAAGAAUCAAGUUGCCAUGAAUCCCACUAACACAGUAUUCGAUGCCAAACGACUGAUUGGGCGUCGUUACGAUGACUCAAAGGUGCAACAGGAUCUCAAGCACUGGCCAUUUAAAGUUAUAAAUGAAGGUGGAAAGCCGAAAAUUCAGGUGGACUUCAAAGGGGAGCGCAAAGUGUUUGCCCCGGAGGAAAUUAGCUCCAUGAUCCUCGUGAAGAUGCGAGAGACAUCUGAGGCCUUUCUCGGGUUUAAUGUCCGAGACGCUGUGAUAACGGUUCCAGCUUAUUUCAAUGAUUCUCAACGUCAGGCAACCAAGGACGCAGGUGCAAUUGCAGGACUCAAUGUUCUGCGAAUAAUAAACGAACCGACAGCAGCGGCUCUGGCUUACGGAUUGGAUAAGAAUCUCAAAGGCGAGAAGAAUAUUUUGAUAUUCGACCUGGGGGGAGGUACCUUCGACGUGUCGAUUCUCUCUAUCGACGAGGGAUCGCUAUUCGAGGUAAAAGCAACUGCUGGAGACACUCAUCUCGGGGGAGAGGACUUUGACUCGCGACUGGUUCGUCACUUCGCCCAGGAGUUCGAUAGAAAAUACAAGAAGGAUUUGACGAAGAACCCGAGGGCUCUGAGGAGACUCAGGACAGCAGCUGAGCGAGCCAAGAGAACUUUGUCCUCGAGCACUGAAGCAACAAUGGAAAUCGACGCACUUUACGAGGGUGUGGACUUCUACACGAAAAUUUCGAGAGCGAGAUUCGAGGAACUUUGUUCCGAUCUUUUCAGGGCGACCCUCGAGCCCGUGGAGAAGGCACUCAAUGACGCCAAGAUGGAUAAGAAAAUUGUCAAUGAUAUCGUCAUGGUCGGAGGCUCCACGAGGAUACCGAAGAUUCAGUCAUUGCUGCAGAAUUUUUUCAAUGGCAAACAACUCAAUCUGUCUAUCAAUCCCGAUGAGGCUGUCGCCUAUGGUGCAGCUGUACAGGCUGCAAUUCUAACUGGAGCUGGAAAUACGAGUUCUGCACUUCAGGAUGUUCUACUCGUGGAUGUGACACCGUUGUCUCUGGGGAUUGAGACAGCUGGUGGCGUGAUGACGACUUUGAUCGAACGAAACGCGAGAAUUCCAUGCAAGCAGAUGCAGAUAUUUACGACUUAUUCGGAUAAUCAACCGGGGGUGGCGGUUCAGGUGUUCGAGGGAGAGAGGGCUAUGACGAAGGAUAAUAAUCUGCUUGGAAAUUUUGAUCUCUCUGGAAUAGCACCCGCUCCAAGGGGAGUGCCAAAAAUCGAAGUGACUUUUGAUCUGGAUGCCAAUGGAAUUCUUCAUGUGACAGCCAAGGACACGGGCAGUGGCAGAUCGAGGGAUGUUACUAUCAGGAAUGAUAAGGGGCGACUCAGUCGCGCGGAGAUUGAUAAGAUGCUGAGGGAUGCGGAGAGGUACAGGGAGGAGGAUCAGAGGCAGAGGGAGAGGGUGGCUAUGAAAAAUAAGUUGGAGGCUUAUGUCUAUUCUGUGAAACAGGCGGUGGAGGAGAGCGGAGGAAAGCUCAAUGAUGGGGACAGAAGGAAGGUUUUAGAUAUGUGUGAGGAUACCAUCAGGUGGUUGGAGGGAAAUUCUCUGGCGGAGAAGGAGGAGUGCCAGCAUAAGUUUGAGACACUUCAGGCUCAGUGCUCGCCGAUCAUGACGAAACUACAUCGAGGAGGGCAAAAUGAUGGGCCUACUAUUGAAGAAGUUGACUGAAGAGAGGAAUCCCCUUCGGUAACACCAGUUCACAUUUUUUUUUUCAUACCAUUUUUCCCCAGGAUUACGAGAAACGUAAUGGAGAAAGUUUAUUCUGCCGUGGAAGGAUUAUGCAAAUUUAUUUACAUUGUUCUCCUAUUUGAUUUUUCUUAUAAUUUUAGUUCUCCCUUCUCAUUUAUUUUUCGAUAAUCUUCGGGGUUCCAUUUUCAUGU